AUGCGCAAAUGGGCUUACAUCGCACUCAUGUUCUUCGCCAUUAACAUGCUCAACAACUGGGCCUUUGCCUUCAACAUCUCCGUCCCAGUGCACAUAAUUCUGCGCUCUUUUGGCUCGGUGACGACAAUGUUGGCGGGUGCGUUGCAAGGUAAACGAUACACUUGGCUGCAAGUGGGCAGUGUGGUGAUUUUGACUUUCGGCGUGCUGGUUUCUGCGUUUGCGGAUGCAGACAGCAAGGUGAGUUGCCCCUUCUCCUGUCCAGUGUGUAGCAAAAGUUGA